AUGGCGAAGAAACAAAUGGCGGAGAACGCAGCCACGGAGCUGGAGAGUAACGAGAACGAUCAGGACAUCGAUGGCUGCGCGAUCGAGCCAUUCCUGGAUGAGAAGAUGUCGGAGAAAACGUCGGAGAAGGCGUCGGAGAAGACAUCGGAGAAGAUGUCGGAGAAGACGUCGGAGAAGAAGAUGGCCGACGCUAGUGGAAACCAAACGGCCCUAGGAACUCGCGAUUCCUCGGAGUACUCUUGUCCACGGUGUGGAAACGCUUAUUUGAGGCUUCAUUCGUUAAACAGGCAUAUUAAGUUCGAGUGUGGCGUCGAACCACGAUUCGAGUGUCCUGUGUGCCACAAGAAGUCGAAGCACAAACACAACUUGAUCUUGCACAUGAGGACGCAUCAGAAGCCUUAA